CAUGCAUCUUUGUAUGUAAAUAUAGCCAUCCGUUUCUCUAUAUAUAUAUACACAUGUAUACUUACACUCCAACAUCAUCUCAUCUCCUCUUGGUUACGUAACAUAAACCCUAUUUCACUAUUUACUAUUAUUAGCAAGACGCCUCGAUCCGUCUCCCUUUCUGAGAGGUGAGGAACAAUGAAGGAAAAUGGAGAAUCGUCGAAUGGUAAUGGGAAGAAGAAGAAAGGAUCGGAGGAGAAGGUGGCAUUCUAUAAGCUGUUUGCGUUUGCUGAUACAAAGGAUGUCAUUUUGAUGGUGGUGGGAACGAUUGGUGCUAUUGCUAAUGGACUCUCGCAGCCGCUCAUCACCAUUAUUUUCGGCCAGCUCGUCGACUCAUUCGGCUCCAGUAAUCCUUCCAAUGUUAUUGAUGAAGUUUCAAAGGUAGCAGUGAAGUUUUUGUAUUUGGCUGUGGGCACAGGCGUAGCUGCAUUUUUACAGGUGUCAUGUUGGAUGGUGACCGGAGAGAGGCAGGCGGCGAGAAUUCGAGGCCUUUACUUGAAAACAAUAUUGAGACAAGACAUUGCCUUCUUUGACACUGAAACAACAACAGGAGAAGUCAUUGGAAGAAUGUCUGGAGACACAAUCCUUAUUCAAGAUGCCAUGGGAGAAAAGGUGGGGAAGUUUAUUCAGCUUAUGUCAACAUUUUUCGGAGGCUUUGUAAUUGCUUUUAUCAAAGGAUGGCUUCUUUCUCUAGUUUUGCUCUCAUGCAUUCCUGCUGUAGUAAUUGUUGGCGGAAUCAUGUCGAUGAUGAUAGCGAAAAUGUCAAGCCGCGGACAAAUUGCCUAUGCAGAUGCGGGAAAUGUUGUGGAGCAGACGGUUGGAGCCAUUAGAACAGUUGCAUCCUUCACUGGGGAGAAGCGGGCAAUAGAGAAGUAUAACAGCAAACUCGAAGAUGCUUAUGCCACUACAGCACAUCAGGGACUGGCCUCAGGCAUAGGACUUGGCUUACUCAUGCUCAUUAUCUUUGGAACUUAUGGACUUGCCGUAUGGUAUGGGUCCAAACUGAUCAUUGAGAAAGGAUAUAGUGGAGGAACUGUAAUUACUAUCAUAUUUACAAUCAUGACCGGAGGAAUAUCAUUGGGGCAAACAUCCCCCAGUGUGAAUGCCUUUGCAGCAGGGCAAGCUGCUGCAUAUAAGAUGUUUGAAACAAUAAAACGCAAACCAAGCAUCGAUGCAUACGACACCAGUGGGAUGAUCUUGGAGAACAUUGAGGGUGAUAUUGAACUAAAAGAUGUUUAUUUUAGAUACCCUGCCAGACCAGAAGUGCAGAUCUUUUCGGGCUUCUCAUUGCAUGUUCCAAGCGGUACAACAGCAGCUUUAGUGGGGCAAAGUGGAAGCGGCAAGUCAACAGUCAUCAGCCUUCUGGAGAGAUUCUAUGAUCCUGAAGCUGGCGAAGUAUUUAUAGAUGGUAUUAAUAUAAAGAAGUUGCAGCUCAGCUGGAUAAGAGAGAAGAUUGGUCUAGUUAGUCAGGAACCUAUUCUAUUUGCAACCAGUAUAAAAGAGAACAUAGCAUAUGGGAAAGAAAAUGCAACUGAUCAAGAGAUAAGAACAGCAAUUCAGCUCUCUAAUGCUGCAAAAUUUAUUGACAAGCUGCCCCAGGGGCUUGACACAAUGGUGGGUGAGCAUGGAACUCAGCUAUCUGGUGGACAAAAGCAAAGGAUUGCAAUUGCAAGGGCCAUUUUAAAGAAUCCAAAAAUUCUUCUUCUUGAUGAGGCUACAAGUGCACUGGAUGCUGAGUCUGAACACAUUGUCCAAGAUGCUUUGGAUAAAGUUAUGACAAAUCGGACAACUGUGGUAGUUGCACAUCGUUUGACAACUAUUAGAAAUGCUGACAUGAUUGCAGUGGUACAUCAAGGGAAGAUUGUGGAGAAAGGAACUCAUGAAGAUUUGAUCCAAGAUCCUGAGGGGGCUUACUCUCAGCUGAUUCGCCUGCAAGAAGGAGCCAAAGAUGGUGAAGAUCCUCGAAUCACUGAUGCAGAUAAGUCAAAAACAAGUUUUGAUAUUACAGACAAGGCGAUGUCACGGUCUGGAAGCCAUACAAUUUCUAUGAGAAGAUCGGUGAGCAGAGGUUCAUCAGGUAGCCAACACUCCUUUGGUUUUACCUAUGGUCUUCCUGGCCCUGUUGAUGUGUAUGAGACCAAUGACGAUGUGGAAGGGAGAACUGAAAAGGUGAAUGAGAAGCAACAGAAAGUUUCAAUCCGAAGACUGGCCUAUUUGAACAAACCUGAGAUUCCAGUUUUGUUGAUUGGAUCAGCAGGUGCAAUAGUACAUGGUGUAAUCUUUCCCGUAUUUGGUCUUUUACUCUCAUCAUCCAUUAAGAUGUUCUAUGAACCCCCACAUGAGCUAAGGAAACAUUCCAGGUUUUGGGCAAUUCUGUAUGUGGGUUUAGGAUUUAUUACUCUGCUAGCUGUGCCCUUACAAAAUUACUUCUUUGGAGUUGCUGGAGGUAAACUGAUUCAACGAAUCCGUGCCUUGACGUUUGAGAAAGUUGUGCAUCAGCAAAUCAGCUGGUUUGAUGAUCCUGCAAAUUCAAGUGGUGCGAUUGGUGCAAGGUUAUCGACCGAUGCCUCUCAAGUUCGUAGCAUAGUUGGGGAUGCAUUAGCCCUAAUUGUUCAGAACAUAGCCACAAUCACAGCAGGGCUUGUCAUAGCCUUUAUUGCUAACUGGAUGUUGGCUCUUAUUAUUUUAGCAGUAUCUCCAUUGAUUUUAAUGCAAGGAUUCCUUCAAACAAAGUUUCUCAAGGGCUUCAGUGCAGACGCGAAGCUGAUGUAUGAGGAAGCCAGUCAAGUGGCCAAUGAUGCAGUUGGGAGUAUCAGAACUGUUGCCUCAUUCUGUGCAGAAAAGAAGGUAAUGGAUUUGUACCAAAAGAAAUGCAAUGCCCCCAUGAAACAGGGAGUCCACCUAGGACUUGUAAGCGGUGGAGGAUUCGGCUUUUCUUUCUUUGCACUCUACUGCACAAAUGCCUUCUGCUUCUACAUCGGAUCGGUACUUGUGGACCACGGAAAAGCAACAUUUGGGGAAGUCUUCAAGGUUUUCUUCGCAUUGACAAUUUCAGCCAUUGGUAUCUCUCAAUCCAGUGCUUUGGCUCCGGACAGAGCCAAAGCCAAGGAUUCAGCAGCUUCUAUAUAUGAAAUUCUUGACAGCAAGCCUAAAAUUGACUCAAGCAGCAGUGAGGGCUUGACACCCACAAGUGUACAUGGUGAUAUUGAACUCCAACACGUCAGUUUCAAAUAUCCAACAAGGCCAGAUGUUCAAAUAUUCAGAGAUUUGUCCUUGAGCAUCCCUUCUGGAAAGACUGUUGCCCUUGUUGGAGAGAGUGGCAGUGGAAAGUCAACUGUAAUAAGCCUUAUAGAGAGAUUUUAUGAUCCUGAUUCUGGCUGUGUAUUGCUGGACAAUAUCGAUAUCAAGAAGGUGAAAAUAAGUUGGUUGAGGCAACAAAUGGGGUUGGUGAGUCAAGAGCCAAUACUUUUCAAUGAAACCAUCCGUGCGAACAUAGCCUAUGGCAAACUUGGAGAUGCUACUGAAGACGAGAUCAUUGCAGCAACAAAAGCAGCAAAUGCCCACAACUUCAUCGCUGCAUUGCCAAAUGGCUAUGACACCAAUGUAGGCGAAAGAGGAGUGCAACUUUCAGGAGGGCAGAAGCAAAGGAUCGCCAUCGCAAGAGCUAUAUUAAAGAAUCCCAAAAUUCUUCUACUGGAUGAGGCGACCAGUGCAUUGGACGCUGAAUCAGAACGCGUGGUACAAGAUGCAUUAGACAGUGUGAUGGUUAAUAGAACAACUGUAGUUGUUGCUCAUCGUCUCACAACGAUUAAAAACGCAGACAUAAUUGCAGUAGUGAAAAAUGGUGCGAUUGCAGAGAAAGGGAGGCACGAGUCACUGAUGAAAAUCACUGAUGGGGCUUAUGCAUCUUUGGUGGCACUUCACAUGAGUGCUACAUAAACUAUAUGAACAGUUUAAUCGACUUGUUCAAGACUAAUUACUUUUUCACAGAGGAUUUAAUUGUCUAGCUGGAGGCCUCUUUAUAAGUGUCGAAUUUAUGGUUCAGUCAUAGUUUUUGGACAUUACAAACUAAGACAACUAGUUCAAUUGAAAAUGACUUGAACUAAACUAAUGAGUUUUUAUAAAAGUGUUAGAUAUGUUAAAUUUAA